AUGGCACUUGAUUAUCAAGAUAAAUCUAAUCCUUUAGCUCAUUCAAAUUUGGUUCUUAUCUAUAAUAAUAUGGCUGAAGUACACAAAGUGAUGAAACAAUAUUCAGAUGCUUUGAAUAUUCUUGAAAAACUUUCGACUACUUAUAAACGAUCAUCAGUUCUUUACGAUUAUCCAACUAUGUCUAUUAUUUAUAUAAGUAAGGCUGAAGUAUAUUUUGAUAUGGGAUCUUAUUCGGAAGCAUUGGAACUAUUUCGAAAAGUAUCUAAUAUGUAUAAAUGUUGUCAUCCACAAAAUUUUAUCGAUAUAGCUAAUGUUUAUAAUCGCAUUGGUGAAAUCUAUCAAAGAUGGGACAAGCAUCUCAAGGCAUUCGCAUACUAUGAACAAUCACUUAAAAAUUAUCAUAUUGCAUUUAAUAUUUUAUUCAAACAAUUACCAAUGAAUGUAUCAAAUUUAGCUAUACUCUAUAGUAAAAUAGCUCAUGUACAUACAAAUAUGAACAAUUAUUCAAUGGCACUUACACUGUAUCAAAAAUCACUUGAAAUCUUAGAAAGAUCUUUCCAGUUCAAACAUCCAGACUUAGCAUCGACAUACGCAAAUAUUGGUCACAUAUAUAAAAAUAUGGGUAAACAUGACAAAGCACUUAUAUCAUACAGACAAGCUAUGAAAAUCGCACGGCAAUCAUUGCCUGAAAAUCAUCGUCAUUUUCUAAUAUAUCAAAAAUAUGUUACGGAAUUUCAACAAACGUUUCAAUGA